CGCUCCCCCCCCUUUAAUACAGAGCUUUCUUCCCCUUACCCCGAGAUCCUUCCAUAAUCCAAUUCUGUCAGCUCCUAAGCUAUGUCGGCGCAACUGGCAAAUCUAGUGGGCAAGAAGAUUCUCGCAGAAUCCGCCCGAAAUCAUUUCGGACAAGAGGACCCAUAUUUCGAAGAGGUUCCUGCAUCGCGCCUGAAUCGCGCCUUCGGGAAGAAGACACAAAAGCGACGCAAAGCAGUACCUCCCGGUCUAUCGCAGAACGACAGCAAGGUCUUGACGCAAGUAAAAAGAAGAGCGUAUCGCUUGGACUUAUGUCUCUUUAGCUUGUGUGGAAUCCGAUUCGGAUGGGGGAGUGUGAUAGGUCUAUUCCCAUUUAUUGGCGAUGGAGCAGAUGCUGCAUUGGCUUUGAUGGUGGUGCACACCUGUGACAAAAUCGACGGGGGCCUCCCAUCGCGGCUGCGAAUGAUGAUGCUCAUGAAUAUCGUGAUUGAUUUCUUCAUCGGCCUGGUUCCUUUCAUAGGUGAUGUUGCCGAUGCCGUGUACAAGUGCAACACGCGGAACGCCGUGCUCCUGGAAAAGCAUCUGCGGGAAAAGGGGGCCAAGGCGCUUUCCAAACAAGAGCGGAGGCAGAAUACAGCGGAUAUGAGCUUGCCGGACGAGUUCGACCGCUAUGACGACGAUACCUCGGGUGAGCCAUCUAGUCAUAAAGGCCAACCACACAGUAGGAACACUGAUGGUCCAGCGAAGCCUCAAGCAGCGCGGCAUCCCAAGAAAAGCCGUUCACAAGGCAGAUGGUUCGGAGGAAGAGCCCAACCGGAGGAUGACCUUGAGAGUGGAGUGAUCGAUAACUCCCGGCCCUCUCGGCGGCCAUGAUGAUGUCACAGAUAGAUGAACUGGGAACAGUUAGGUGGAUUAUGU